UGCGGGAAGGUGGACGUGUGUGAGUGCUGCUGCCGCGCCGACCCACACCUACGCUCUACCGCCACUCCUCCACCACUCAACUACGCGCCAACUCACGUCCACACCUGGAAAACAUCACCGAAAAGCAUCAAGAUGUUUGCUACUAGUUUUUCUUACAUAACCGUGAAGACUUUUCCUUAUAAACUGUUUCCAGGAAGAGCGUAGAGAGAAUAAGAAACGCGGAAAAAAAUAUCUGGCGACACGAGUGAACCUUUAACGUAUCACAUUCCCUUCCCCAAAGUGACCGCCACUAACACAGAAAACAAAGAAGAAUCCUGAUUAAUAGUAGGCAAUCUAGGUGGACGGCGCGCGGUGGUUGGGAGACAGAUUACUCCUAUGAUAAAUAAAGUGGAGGAACUGUUCCAAGUCUGUGAGAUAGCAUACACACACCCCACCCUCUCACGGGGUGAGGGGGUCCACCCUCACUAACCUGCCCAACAGAAAACACAACAUUUUUGCUGCCCGACACGACACCAACGUGCGGGUCCACAUCCGGAUGAAUUGGAAUUGAUGAGCUGAGGUGACUUGAUGAAUCACUACAGAUGAAAACUGGAAACCAAGUCGCCUGACGGAUGGAAAAUCGUUUUGCACGACGGCGCCUGACUUGGAUUAGAGCAUUUUUUCCCCCGAGAUUCUGGCGUCAGGUUCUGGAGUGAUUUAUUGGUCUGAGAAACUGUUGGCGCUGGUGUGUGACGGCUGCUGUCCGCCCCCGCCCACGACCAACUGGAUAAUUUAAAUUUUAAAGGAUAAUUGUUACUCGCAUUAUACAUAACUUAAAGUAAUUAUCGUUACAGACUUAACUCGUAGACUAAUCUGAGCGAACAUAGUGAUCAGAAAAUCAGAAAAAAACAAAAAACAGGAACAAUUGAGCGUUAUGGACAGUGGUGGUGGGCCCCAGGUCAGUCGCUGCCUGUGAUGAAGGUGAGGGCCCCAAGCCGCGCCCUUCCUGGCUGUGUCCUCCCUGGGGGGCCCUCUUCUGCAUGAGACAAGGGUGUGGCGAUGUGUAAUGGUGAGGAGGGUCGGGCGUGUGGUGGUGGCGGCGGUAGGAGAGGUGGCAGGCGCAGCAGGGGUGGCCAUACUGCUGGUGGUGGUAGUGGCAGCGGUGGUGAUGGUGGGCGCGGCGGGUAAUGUGGCCACUCACAGCCCCUGCCCCGUUAGCGAAUUCACCUGUGACAAUCUCCGCUGUGUGCCCAAGGACCGUGUGUGUAAUGGCAGGGACGACUGCGGGGACAGCUCUGACGAGAAGCCUAACUGUACCCCGUGCAAUGUGACGUACUACGGUGAGGUAGGCCGAAGCUAUGAGAUCGACUUAAACGAGACGGAGACCUUACAACCUCCGUUCAUCUGUCACAUGACCUUCGUGGCGGCGGGGGACAUCUUCGGUGAUCUGGUGCAGCUCGUCUUCCGUGACCUAGUACUGGGGUCCUUUCGCUCGCAUCACGUGUGUGGGUGUCCCCAGGGUAAGAUGUCCGUCAACGAGGCUCAUCGACCCCACAUUGGCGGCUUCUGGUGCGGGGGAAGCAGCGACCACAAUGUUUACUACAGUGAGACCAGUACUGUCUCCGUCACCCUCGAGGUCCCAGCGCCUGAGCAAGAUACCAUCGGGGAAAAGAAAGUUCGGCUAAGACUUAUGUAUAAGUUCUUGUUGGGGGCCGAGUCCAUCGUGCGGUACGGGCCUUGGAACAGCGCCAAAUACCUGGGCGUGGCACGACCGGGAACUGUAUGUGACCGGAUUUUCGACUCCUGCGACCGACGUAAGUGCCGAGUGCAGUCGCCUAACUACCCUGGCCUGUACCCUCGUAAUGUAACAUGCCAGUACAUCAUUAGACAGGCUACAGUGCCCCAUGGUCGCCAUGCACUGGUAAGUGUGGGUCAACCUCAGAGAGGGAGGGUCCACAUUAAACACACCGACGCUGCUUGUGACGGCAACCUACACCUAUGGCUGAAUGGUGACUGUGACGUCGUGGGAGACACUCUUAGUGUAUAUGAAAUUCAGGGAGACAGUCGGCGAUUGUUGAUGCGCUUCUGCGGUGGUGGAAAGGUGCCUCGUAUCACAGCCAGUGGGGCAGAACUUUUACUUGUCUUCCAGACCUCUCCUUUUGACAAUUUGCACUUCGAUUACUCAGAAGGAACUCAUCCUGGAUUUGAGUUAGAUGUUGGCGUGGCUUUUGUACCUAAAAACUCUUUCCUUUAUGCCGACCAACUGUGUGAGUUUGUGAUCUCCAGUUUCGAGGCAGCACACGGCCAUUUUGAAAACGUGGCACACUCACUUCCAAGAGAUAGUAAAUGUGUAUAUGAGUUCCGGGGUCGACCAGACGAAGUGAUCUGGCUUUACUUCACCCGUCUUAAGUCUACCUACACGCAACCUCUGUCACGUGAUGGUCCUCACUGCCGGACACGUGUAGUACUGGUGGAAGGAGCAGAGUCUGACGGAGAAAUGCUAGAGAACACCUGUGGCCCUCUGGGCGUGAGGGUGUGUCACCGAGAGCAGCUCGGUCCUGGAAGAAACAGAACACGGCCCUGUGGACCCCAAGAGAGCUACUUAACAUCUGUUUCUCAUGCAACACUCACCAUUCACUAUUUGCUGCCAUCAACAGUAGCAGAUUUAGAGUUCCGACUCCAUUACGAGUUUGUAUACGCGGGUCCCCGAGCUGCAGCUCUCAACCGUCCUGAGCCCUGCGACAGAUCUAUCAAUAGCGAGCGCAGCAAAAAGGGCCUUCUUGCCUCACCUGCUAAUAACUUGCUGUACGGCAAGUUUGGAGCAACAAGGCUUAAGUGUAGAUAUACUCUGCAAGGUAAAGCUAAUGAAGCAGUGAGGAUCACAUUCAUCUACUUUUACGCCCACAACUCGUCGUGUCCAAGACGCGAAACACCACUACAGGCAUGUGGGCGACCUAAGGCCUUGGAGGGUCGCGGUGCUCGCCUGGAGGUGUCUGAGUGGCCCUGGCCAGGUGUAGAGCUACCACAGGCGUGUAUCUGCCAUGGCAUCUACCUUCCAGCAACCUUACUCUCCUACUCUGCCUCCCUUACCAUCACCUUCACUGUUGUAGGUAUGGAUGUUUUCGAUGAUUUCUCACACUUCAGCUUCGAACUAGAAUACGAAUUCGUCGAAAUUGAGGCGUGUGAAGAAGACAGAAUAGUUCGAGGCGAAGCUGGCACGCUAAGUUUGGCCCUACGACCACCUCCUGGGCCGUGCCGAGGUCACCCGUGGCUUCUUCAGCCAACGGCUAACCGGUUCCUGCUGGUCUCAGUUCCUGGUAAGGUUAUCAGAGGAGGCUUGCAGGUAGCAGCUCAUGGCCAUCUAGUAGCAGCUGAUGACUCUAUAGCACCGACAGAGUGCCAGAGUUCUGAGCUUCACGUGUACCAGCCAGGUAAUCCAAGACCACUUAGUGCAGUGUGUGUGUCUCCCGGAGCAGCCGAGACAGUUCACGUGUUCUCUGAGGGCUUUAAUGAGCCAUUAUCGCUAGACUACUUGGGGGAAGCAGCAAGAUCUCUUGUUGUAGUGUUACUCAGUCGCCCCGCAUAUCUCUCGGGCCAAUCCCAACAGCAACAACAUAAAGCAGUGGAUGUUCGCUGGGUGGAGGCAGCACCACGCUGGCUGGCCACUAGGUGCGCCACUGAGUGUCCUGCCGUACACGCUUGUAUCAGUGCUUCCCUCUUCUGUGAUGGGACGUGGCACUGUCCGUCAGGUGCUGACGAAGCCGUUGUAACGUGUCUCAUGGCUUUGUCUCCAUGGCUCUGGCUAACAUUUGGUCUGGCUGUUGGAUGUAUCUCAGUGUUAUCAGGUUGGUGGGGCUGGACGCUGUGGAAAACUCGACAUGAACGUAACGGAGCAAGUGGGUGUAGUGAAGAAGUAUUAACUCCAGGCCACCACGAGUCUCCGCCAGAACCACCAGAAUAUCCUGACUGUAUCGACGUAGAUUUUGAGACAACAGUCUGA